GCUUUAGAAUGAUAUUAUCCCUUUACCACUGAAUGACUUGACUGUAUUCAAGUAUUAACCUUUACUAUUUGUUAAACUCUUAUGCUCUUAGUUACAGACUUCCUUGUACACCUUAAGCAUUCUAGCCUGAUAGGUCAUACAAACUCAGGAAGAUUUUUCACCUUGACUCUUCAUGAACACAAAUCUUUUUUAAAAGGCAGUUAACCUAAACCUAUGGCAAUGACUAUGCCACAGAAGAGAAAAAAAAAAAAAAGAGGUCUAUGCAUCAUUGGCAGCUUAUGGUAAUGAUGGAAAAAAUGUUUAGCAUCAACAAAGGGAGAAGGGAGAGGAGGCAUCGUUGUAGACCUCUUCUUUCGCUUUGGGAAAUGAGUCUGAGAAAAGACUCUGCAAGAGCAUGCUCUCAAGAUAACACCUGCAGAAGAGAGAGAAACUAUUCCUGCUUUUCGUCUUCUGACUUUUACUCCAGUCUUGGAUUGAAAGGCUUUGACUUUCUAGGUGACACUUCUGGAACAGAGGAGGAUACAGACUCAACUGUCUUAUAUGGAACUUUGCGAGGAAGCAUUGUUGGAUUGCGAUACUAUACAGGGAUUGUAAGUACUGCUAGUGUUCAGUCAGUUGAGAAGAAAUAUUCUGAUGAUGGCCCCAGAGCAACACUGAUUGUGUGCCCACUGUCUGUCCUAAGCAACUGGAUUGAUCAGUUUGAACAACGUAUCCAUCAAGAUUUUAAUGUAAAGACUUAUGUUUAUUACGGUUCUGAGCAUAGCAAAGACCCAUCAGUUCUUUCAGAACAAGACGUUGUAUUGACAACAUACAACAUUUUAGCUACUGACUAUGGGAUCAGAGGUAAUAGCCCUUUGCACAAAGUCACGUGGCUGAGAAUUGUGUUGGAUGAGGGGCACACUAUACAAAACCCAAAUGCUCAACCAAAAGCUGCCUUAAAUCUGGAGGGACACAGAAGAUGGGUUCUUACAGGCACUCCUAUUCAGAAUUAUGUAAAAGAUUUGUGGUCUCUUAUUUCCUUCUUAAAACUGAAACCUUUUGCUGAUCGAGAGUGGUGGCACAGAACAAUUCAACGUCCAGUCACAAUGGGAGCUCCAGGAGGACUUUGGCGUUUACAGUCUCUGAUUAGGAGUAUUACCCUUAGAAGAUCUAAAACAAGUCAAGUUAAAGGAGCACCGAUUUUGGAUUUACCAGAACGUAAAGUUCAGUAUGUUACACUUACAGAGAAGGAGAGACAAAUCUACCAGUCUGUGAAGAAUGAGGGCAAAGCUACUAUUAGCAGAUUUUUCAAUGAAGGGAAUGUACUAGCUCAUUAUGCUGACAUCCUUGGAGUUCUGCUGAGAUUAAGACAGAUUUGUUGUCAUCCUCAUCUUUGUAUAAAUACCUCUUCUAGUUUUUCAAAUGAUAGUAGAACUCCUGAAGAACUGCAUGUGAGAUUAGUGAGUAAAAUGAAGUUGGUUCUGAGCUCUGGUUCAGAUGAAGAAUGCACAGCUUGCUUGGAAUCAUUGACUCUUCCUGUGAUAACACACUGUGCACGUGUGUUUUGUAAACCAUGCAUUUUUGAAGUCCUCAGAAAUGAACAGCCAAAUGCCAAGUGCCCUCUCUGUAGGAAUGAACUUCAAGUAGAGCACUUGGUGGAAUGUCCCCUAGAAGAAGAAAUGGACUCCAAUAGUGGAAAGAAGCCUGAUCAGGAGUAGAUACCCAGUUCAAAGAUAAAUGCUCUUAUGCAUGCUUUGAUAGGACUGCGGAGGGAUAAUCCAGCUGCUAAAUGUCUGGUUGUUUCUCAGUUCACAACUUUCCUGGCCCUGAUAGAAAAUCCCUUGAAAGAAUCAGGGUUUGCCUUUACUCGUUUGGAUGGGUCAAUGGCACAGAAGAAAAGAGUGGAAGCAAUUCGGUGUUUCCAAAGCAACCAAGCAGGGUCUGCAACUAUAAUGCUUUUGUCUCUGAAAGCGGGUGGAGUUGGAUUAAAUCUGACAGCAGCUUCCCGAGUGUUUUUAAUGGAUCCUGCUUGGAAUCCUGCUGCAGAAGACCAGUGUUUUGACAGGUAUCACAGGCUGGGUCAGAAGCAUAAUGUUAUUAUUACUAAGUUCAUUGUGAAGGAUUCAGUGGAGGAAAAUAUUCUGAAAAUUCAGAACAAGAAGAGGGAACUUGCAGCAGGAGCCUUUGCUACCAAACAGCCUUCAGCAAGCGAAGUGAAACAAAACAAAAUUAAUGAAAUUAAGGCUCUGAUUGAUAUAUAGCUUCAUCCUGUUGUAUUUUCAGUAAAUAAUAUAUUUAAUAUUGUAGAUAAUACUACUCUUCAAGUUACAUGUCCCAUGCUAACUUUCAGUUUUGCUGUCUUUGUGCUCAAAAUAUAAACGCUUCAAAUAAAUUACAAAAACUAAUUUGCUCCUAAAUGUUAAUUUAGAAGUGCACAAACUCCUGAAAUUUUUCCGGUGUUCAUUUCUUCAGCAGGUUACCUGUUACGAACAAUGCUAAAGAAUACAUAAAAGUCCCUCAAAACAGAAAUGCGUAUCCAUACGUUCUAACUUGCAAGCGUUUCAUCUCUUUCUAGAGGUCAAAAGGUAAUAAAAGGUACAUAGUGUGUGUGUUUUCUCCUUCAGACAAAACCCUUUAGAAAUGAAUUAGCUUCAUGUUUCUGUCUCAAUGGUGCCUGAUAAACAGAUGAUGUGGAUUGUUUGUUUCAGAAUAGGUGGCCAGUGACACUUUGUAAGGAAUUCUUACUUUUUCAGGCUAUUUCCAAAGAUGGUAUUUAGUUAAAAAUUUUAAAAUAUUUUGUACUAUUUCUGAAUAAUACACAGGUGCAGCAGGGAGUUCCUCUGUUGAUUACUUUACAGGAGUUAAUAAAAAGGAAGUACUUCAGUUUGUAAAACACUUUCUUUUAAUAUUUUACUUCUCUUAGAAGAAUUCCAAUGAUUUUUAUAAAAGUGAAGAGUUUUUUAUUUGGAUAAAAUGCUAGAAUCACAGGCAUGUAUUGAUAAUACACUGGUAAUUUUGGUAGACGCUUUGAACAGUAAGACUGUUCUAUAUUCAAAGUAGAUUAUAACCCACUCACAUGCCAGUGAAUCAGUUAGUCCUUGUACAAUAAAUUAAACAAAUUAUUUUAAUAGCUGCCAGCUUUCUAACAGUUUUCUUGUACUGCUUUUCCACUUGUAGUGGAAAAACUACGUGUUUUUCACUUCCAUACAUAUGUCUUUAUGGAAUGCUGAUCUACAUGCUGCAUGAUUUCUGGAGGAAGAAUUUGGUAAGCUGCUCAUGUUCAUGUACCACAAACUAAUAAAUAGCACUGAAGAGUCUC